UUAUGUAGAUGCUUUCUUUCUUUCUUUCUUUCUUUCUUUCUUUUUUAUAGACACGGCACCUACUAGAUCGUACCUGGAUAGAUAUGCAUUCAUCCAUCUUAUUUUUCUUUUCUUACCUUUCCAUAUCUUACCAAGAAAUCAAAUACGAGGCUUGGUUUGAAUUUGAAUUUCUUUCAAACCUUCCGGACUGAUUGGAACAUCUUUUUCUUUCAAGGAAAUACAAGUUUAAGAGCCGAGACUUAUUCUUCUCCACAAUCUUCUUCUUAUUCUAUCUUCUCAAGUCUACUUAUUACCCAGUCGUCACUCACGAAUCGGAUUCAAUACUGUACCGUUAGUACCGUUAGCAUGGAUGCCACUUUACUCAACUCUACUGCACGGUACUUGAUUUAACUCAACAACGACGAAAGUUCGUUCUUCGUUCCUCUAUUGCUUUUUACAUUCUUGGUGUUGAAUUCCAAGAUUACUCCGCCUCACUAUCCUUGCUUCUCUUUAUAAAUCUGCAUUCCCCGCAAGAUCAUCAUCUAGGAUCCUACCACAUCCGCGCCUUCCAUCGAUACGAGAGAAUUCCAAAGAUUUGUCACUACCUACCUGGUUAGAUCGUACAACACAAUCAACCGUUACUUUACUCUCAAUAAAUCUCUUCGCUCGACAACCACCAACUUGAUCAAAACAACAACAUUUAUUUCCAUAAUAAUCAUCCUGUUAUGGUGUUGGUCCCGGUUUUGCUACAACCAAUCCGCUCUUUGGCUUAAUUUUUGGGACUUCUGCUCACUCUCUCCCGAAAUCAAUUGGGUCGUUCAAUUGUUCGUUGUUGAUCUUGAUUCUUGGGGAAUUAGGGUAUAGAAAGUUCGAGGAGAAUAAUUCAAUCGUUUAUCCCAUCCCGUUUGGAACCAUUCUCUGGAUAUAAUUUAAUUCAAAGGAUUUCUUACCGUCGUUUUCGAGGUGGUUUCUUAAUAUUUCGUCAUUUCUACCUCUGGUGUGCUUUGGUGUAUAGACGUCAUUGACCCCAGGGCUUUUUCAACCUCAACACCUAGUUAAUAUUUAUUACACGAAACUACACAAGACUGCAUAAACACAGACAAAUAUCAUACUUUUAACCAUGAAGGUCUCGAAGUCGGUAUCGACUUUCGCUACAGGUUUAAUAGCUGGAAGUCAUGUCGUUAAUGCGAUAGAAGUUGAUCUUGAUUCUCCGGAUUCUAUCAAGUCCGCAGCGAGUACGAUUGCGUACGAUAUGAUGUCCUAUUACACAGGAAACCAAACGGGUGGCAUACCCGGGAAUCUACCGGCUCCAUAUUAUUGGUGGGAGGCCGGAGCAAUGUUCGGCUCACUGAUUGACUAUUGGUAUUAUACAGGCGAUUCAUCAUAUAACGAUGUUACUACGGAAGCUAUGCUGUGGCAGACGGGACCAGAUAAUGAUUACAUGACCCCAAAUCAAACUAAAACGGAGGGAAAUGACGAUCAGGGAUUUUGGGGGUUGGCGGCUAUGUCUGCAGCCGAAGUGAAUUUCCCAAAUCCUCCCUCAAAUAGGCCUCAAUGGCUCGCUCUCGCACAGGCAGUUUUUAAUACUCAAGCUCCUCGAUGGGACGAUAGUACUUGUGCUGGAGGUCUACGAUGGCAAAUUUUUACCUUCAAUAACGGUUACAAUUACAAAAACUCAAUCUCUAAUGGUUGCUUUUUUAAUUUGGGUGCACGCCUUGCGAAAUACACUGGCAACGAUACAUAUGCACAGUGGGCAGAUAGAACCUGGGAUUGGAUGGAGCAUGUGGGGCUUAUGGAUCAAAAUUACUACGUUUACGAUGGUUCUGACGACACUCUUAAUUGUACCAAGCUCAACCAUAUACAGUGGACCUACAAUGCUGGAGCUUUCCUUCUUGGUGCGGCAAAUAUGUACAAUUAUACUAACGGAAGCGAUAUCUGGCGUGGACGUGUCGAAGGUUUACUAAAUGCUACCCAUGUUUUCUUCGAAGACAAUGUCAUGAUGGAGGUAGCUUGUGAGAACAACGGGAAAUGUAAUGUUGACCAACAAUCAUUCAAAGCAUACCUUGCUCGCUGGCUAGCGGCUACAACGAAAAUGGCACCUUUUACCUACGAUUCGGUUAUGCAAUUACUACGCCCCUCAGCGAAAGGGGCUGCCGCAUCAUGCGUUGGGGGCGAUAAUGGACGCACUUGCGGACUUAAUUGGAGAACGGGACAAUUCGAUGGAUUUUAUGGAGUGGGCGAACAGAUGUCAGCUUUAGAGGUCAUUCAAAGUAAUCUCAUUGCGCAGGUUGCAGGACCAGUCACUAAUACCACGGGUGGAACAAGUAAAGGUGAUCCCACUGCUGGAUCUGGGAAGAGCCCGACCAACUAUCAGGCGUUACAACCAGUUACGACGGCUGAUAGGGUUGGAGCAGGAAUUCUUACGACAGUGGUAUUGUUGAUUCUUCUUGGAAGUAUCUGGUGGAUGAUUGUGGAUUAAUGAAGGGAGAGCUAAUGAGGGUGUUCUUGUAUAUAUAUAUAUAUAUUGGUACUUGGAACAGACGCGAAAUCUCCUACAAUUAUGGGUAUUCCACGCGCCAAAUUUGGGGCUUCUUUGUAAUUUCGGGUGGUGGAUGGGAUACGGAACCGAUAUCUUGGAGUUUUUGGGCGUUCAGUAGGGAUUGGAGUGGAACGGGUCUGAUUGGAGUAUCGAUCUGAUGACGGUCUACAUGAUAAAUGAGGGUAUUGGGGAAAGGAAAUACGCGGCCGCGCAUAAUACUUACGUGCAUGGAAUAGGAUUAGGAAUCGGGAGUAGAUGUCAAUACUACAUGAUGCACUUGGAAGGUAGAGGAUUAAAUCAUCAAAUUUGGUUUGGGCAUAGUUUGGUGGGAUGUGGAGUGAGGAGUAAAAAGGGAUUUUUGUGAUCUUUUUGGUUCUUGUAACUUUUAAGAAGAGAAAUUGAAAGGAUAACAAAUGUAAGAUGGUGAUUUUUUUCCUCUUGAUGUGAAAGUUACAGUGAUUAAUUUUGAGAUCAUAUGAGGUUUUCUUGUUGUGGAAAGAUGGGAGUGAAAGUGAAUUGAUGUGAUGUAGAGUGAUAUGGAGUGAGAUUAAAUUUGUGAUACAGAUGGA